GCACGAAGUACAGUCAUAUGAAUGAUUCGAAAUUUUAUCAUGGAAAUGGUGCAGCGAGCGCAGGACGAAAAAUUCUUUCUAUGCACUACAUCUAUGUCAACGGAGAUCCGUAAAGCUGCGCGGCACCUGCUACCGCACCACCCAGACAUCCCGAAACCGUUCGCCGAAAAGUAUGGCGAAACGUCAUGACGCCGGCGUCAGCCGUCAGCUGAGCACACACGGAGAGGCGGAGCGUUGACGUCACACCUGACGCCGCCUCGGACCCGCACGCAUUGAGUCAGGCUUUAUAAUUGAGAACCGCGGCCGAACCCACCACAACCCAACAGACCGGCGGAGUAGCAACACGUGCGAGUGCCGAGUGCCAGAGUGGAUUGCCGUGAUUUCGACUGUGAACUUUAUCAGUGAAGUGAAAUGGAGAAAGCUUUGUUUGUUGUUGUGGUGGCGCUGGCAGUGGCCGGCGCGCACCGCCACCACCCCAAGUUCCCCAAGUCCUCGGAGGAGGUUGACACCUCGCUCUACAAGAAAGUGGCUUGUUCAAGUGAAAAUGACCUGUUGAGAAAUGACCUAAUAGAGAAGUCAAAAUGUGGAGAGCCCAAGGAGGUAUUCGUGCACCUGCAUCCGCGGGCCACGCACGAACAGGUGAGCCCUGGCGCGGUCUGGGUGAAGCGCUGCGUCGGCCUCUGCGACUACGAGGCCUCGGGCUCCAAAUGCGUCGCCACCAAAACUAAAAUCCAGCACAUACCGGUGAGGAUAUAUAACGUGAAGACGAACAAGGAGACAUGCUCGACGUACCCGGUGGAGGUGCACGAGAGCUGCGGCUGCUGCGCGUUAUCGGCGGCGGAGUGCGGGGCGCCAAGGGUGUAUAACCCCCGUAAGUGCUCCUGUCAAUGUCCCAACGUCGAGGAGAAGCGGAGUUGCCACAAGAAGCGGAACCAGAAUAUGAAGUGGAAUCGGUAUAAAUGUAUUUGUGAGGAAAAGAGAAAGACGAGGCGAGGAUUCCCUCCAGGAUUCUGAUCCACUCAGCUCAACAGUGAACAGUUUUAGUGAUUUACUUUGUGAAGUGAAAACAGAAACUAUAAACAUUUGGCAUUAGUGCACGACUGAAUUAAGUGUUUAUAAAGAUCGUAUUGUUGAAAUCUAAGCAGUAUUAUAGAUAUAAGUUUAUUUAUUUCUUUAAAUUAUAAGAUUAUGGGACCAUAAUUAGCUGUGACUUAACUCAGUUCCAUGAACUUUGCACUUUGUACUUAAAUUUUAAAUCCUAUUAGUUUUAUAUUAUUUAUUUUUAUAGUUUAAAUGGCUUUGAUUUCUUUUGAUAUGACUUUGUCUAGAUAGUUUGUAAGUGCUAGGACAUCACUACUCAGUAUUUUAUAGGUUAUAUUGUGAGCGCUAACUGCGCAAUUCCUAAAUAUGUGAUAUAGUUAUUCCAGUAGGUUAUUAUUUAAUUAUUGAUAAGGCAUUUACUUAAUAGAUAAUAAGAACAUUUGCUUCUAGUCAAAAGGUUCUUUUAUACUUAUUUAUUUAAAUUGUUUUAAAAUAAGUUUGUAAAUUAGCUCUCUGUAUUGAUUUUCGUUUUUUUUAUAACAAUGUUUCAUUAGUUAAAUUUAUUCAGUCUUAUUUGUAAGGGUCCUAGUCUAAAUUGUGCCAAAGGCAUGGAAUCUCCCUUCGUAUUCUAAAUUAUU